AUGGAGGCCGGAGACACUGAGAGCUCCGCUGUGGAGGACAGCGAUGUUAUUGAGAUCAUUCCUUCGGAAGAUUACGAUAUUGGGAAGGCUAAACUGCGCCUCUCUCUGCUCUGGUUACUCCACAGGUCUUAUGAGGAUCAAAUUCCAAGAGAGUUUCAAGACCCAUUUUAUGAGAAUAGUGAUGGAGUUUGCCUGCUCAAGCCCCAGCUUGUACUUAAGUUGGCUUCAGGAGAGAUUUACUUCCUUGCUUAUAGUAAUCUUUUUCCAGAAGUGGGUUCCUUACAUAAUUUUUCUACUUUAAUCCAAACGCUUUCUCGGAGAGGUAUUUAUGUAACUGAUUAUGAUGGUCAUGCAGUUACAGAAUCUACCUUGCUACAAACAGCUCCCUUUAAAGUGAAAUCACAUUUAAGUUUGAUGGAUGCAUUGAUGAAAUGUUAUACCCACAAAUUAGUCAGUAUAGAAAAGGUCGUACAGGCAGUUAGAUCUUUAGUCAACUUUGAUACUUGCAAAGAAUUACCAAAUUCCGUGGAAAAUGCUUUAUUAUUCUGGGUGAACAAAAUCUGUCUUUAUGUACAAGAUUUCCUACGUAAGGAAUAUCGCAGUCAGCAUGAUGAACCAAAGUCGGAUCCUCUGGGUCGAACAGUCCCAUCAAUACCACUGCUUAGUAGCUUAAGGGAUAUUGGAGAAGGCUGUGCUUUAGCUGUACUAAUUAGUUUUUAUUGUCCUGACCAGUUAAGACUCCAAGACAUUGUGCUGAAGAGUAGCAUAAGCAUUGCUGAUUCUUUGUUUAACCUGCGCCUAAUUCGAAACUUUUGCAGCCGUCAUAUGUUCUCAUCUAAAUGUUUCCAUUUCACAUAUGAAGAUCUACUAUAUUCUGAUGAUCUUAUAUUUCCUAACAUAUAUGUUUAUUUAGCUGAUUUGUUCAAUAAAUUUGAAAAUAACAAGUAUACCAAAUCCAAGGGUGCUCCACCAGAAGUAAAAAAUGAAACUUAUGACUUAUCCGUUGACAGAAUGUCUGCUAGCCAGCCUGUUUCUAAGGUGCCCAUAAGUAAUGCUACAAAGAAAAGCUUCCAAAACUUUGAAUAUACUGCUAUCUCUCAAGAACCCUUUAGCCCAGUCUCCACCCCACCACCUCGACAGCCUUUGUUACAGAAGCGCUAUCAGCAAAAUAUUGCUGACAGAGAUGGUACAGAAAACCUUCAAUACUCAGUUUCUGGUGAAUCUCAAAAAGUUAAAGUACGUCCUGCUUGGCAAGAGUCUUCUGAUCUGCUGCGUCACAGUGGUGAUGGUGACACUAGUGUAGCGAAUUAUAAUCAUCGUGGUUCAGAAGUAGAUCAUUGGGCUGUACCUCAAAGUUCUACUCCUGAACCUCUGAUGCCUGCUCGUUUGAAACCAGCCAAAGAGAAAAGCUCUAAUCACAGUAAAUCGGUUGAACGUGGAGAUCAGAUGGAAGGCAGCAAACCUCGGCGAAGUAGCAUCAAUGUCAGGCAAUCACACGACGAGGGAUUUGUUCAAAACCCAUUAGGAGAUCAUGAUGUUAGCAGAGAAGAGUCAAGUCUACAACAGUUGUUCAAACGAAAUUCCCUCACUUCUGAACAGUCUUCAACAUUUCCCAGGAGUCGACACAGUUCUGGAGCAAGCAAUCCUGAAGAUUCCCAAAGACCAUUUGUGAUUGGUCAGAGUUUCACGCUCCCUGAUCGCCCUUCAACAUCAAACAGUGCACGAUUAGAAGGCUUACCUGUGGUACAAAGUGGCAAUUCUGAUGAAAUAGAGCUGCGUCGAUGUGUCUCUCGUGAAGGAAGCAUUGCAAGCAAUCGAAGUUCAGGGGACUUUUCUGACCAUGAAUCACAAAAAAUUCACCGUGACCACAAAGCUAAAGAAACAAAAGAAUCCAAAGAUUCAUUUAUUUUAUCAGAUCAAGUGGAAUCUGGAGAUUUUAAUCAAGUAACAAAACCCUUGAUUAUUUCUCAUCCCAUUGAGGAAGAAAUUCUUGAUAAGACUAAGACUACAAACUUUGCUCAGAUAAAAAAAAUGCGUGAUAUGAGUGGUCCUUUAACAUCACUAGUUUAUAUGCAACGUGGCCAAGAACUUGAUUCUCCAAAUAAGCUUUCACCCAAAGAUUCAUUCCAUAAAAAAGAUGAUGAAAAGAGUGAUAAAAAGACAGGCUUUGCUCCACAUCAAACAACAUGGCAACAACAGCGGAGGCCUGGUUCAACAGUGAUAUCUGUUUCACAAGAAAGUUCUCCUGAAAACCAGUCACAGUCAGUCAGUGACCAGAUGAAUAUCCGGAUGAAACUGGAAGAGAGGCGGAAACAGAUAGAGCAGAAGAAACAUGAACUUGAGCGACACCAAACUAAGAUUCGGCAACAAGUUGGCAAGGAAGCCCUCUUGCAUGUUGUUGCCAGCCAAAACACACUUGAUAAAAAUGGACAAAUUCCUCCCGGCAUUCCACCAAACAUCCGCCGCUAUAUUCGGCAGGCUAAUGGCAGCAUGGUUGGUGGAGGGAGAGUUGGAGAAUCUGUUCCUGAAGAAGAUUCUUCAUCCAUUAUUGAUACACAGAGAUCUUCUCAGAAACCAUUCUCUCGAGAGGAAAUACAGCGAACCAUAGAAAAUGCCCGCAAGAAAUGGUUGAAUGAGGCUGAUGCUGUUAAGAAAAAUGAACCUUAUGAAGCUGAUACAAAUGAAUGCUCAAUUCCGCGAAGCUCUGAAUCACCAGUGGUUGAGCCAAUACGACAAGCACCAUUACACCAUGAACCUGUACCUGUUAAACCUGAGCCUGUCAGUAUUAGGCAAGAACCUGUUCAUCAAGAAUUAGGUCCUGUGCGACCAGAACCUAGAUACCACGAGUCGGUAAGACGUGAACCUGUUCCUAUUAGGCAAGAACCGCACAGAGAACCAGUUCCUAUGCGUCAGGAACCCAUACAGCAAGAGGCUGCAGUUAUCAGACCUCAGCCUGUUGUUGCUGUACAACCUGGAUUCCGAGAGGAUCAUUCUAGAAGCCAUGUUAGUCCUGAACGGAGAGACCAUCGACGAGACAGGAGUAGUAGUGGAGAAAGAGAAGAAAAUUAUGGAAAUUACAACAGUUCUCUUGAUAGAUUAAACCGAAGCCUGACUGAUCUCCAGGGUGAAAUUAUGAAGUUAUCUCUGCAGCAACAGCAAAUAAAGAGCCAAGGAUUGGAAAAGACUCAUCCGAAACAAAUCGGCAUGGUGCCCAGUGUCUCGGCUGCUGGUGUUGUCCACAAUCAACAUGGUGAGCUGCUCUCGCAGUACCAUAAAGUCCCUUACUCUUCGGCCCCCGGGGGUCAUAUGGCUGGAGGUCCAGAGAAAACUUCCCCUUAUAUAGCCUUAGGUCAGUAUCCUUCUCAUAUGGAUGCUGGACAGUUCACAACUGGCUGCAUGAUGCAACAGCCAGGCUAUGCCACACCACCGCCACUACCACCGACGUUUCAACCUCCUACAUCUUACCAGCCUCAGUAUCAGCAGGCAAACCCUUAUCAGCCAACCUAUCCAGGUCAACAGUUUGUGUUGCAUUCACCUACACCGCCAGCGCAGCCUUAUAUAUCUCCAGUUAUAUCUCCUUACCCUACCCACACCCCACAUUCUGUUGGUCCACAUCAACAUUUACCUAAUACAUUUACCACAUCAAUAGGACAGCCAAUUCCAACGGCAACUCCUUUCAGUGGUCUUCCGGGUCAUCCCAAACCCGACAUUGCAGGUAUACAUCCAAGUAUGGCUAAUGCUGUGAUAACUUCAACAGCAGGGGGUAUUCUUUCGCUUCAUGGUACACAUGCCAGGACUCAAGAAGAACCAAUACCUUCUGGAUAUGCUCCUCACCCCCAUGCUGUCUCUUCAUCAGGUUAUGUGCCAUAUAGUAGUACUAAUAACAAUAUCACUGGUGAAACAGAAUGGCAAUCUCCAAUAGGUAGUCCUAGAAAUAGAGGCAUACGACCAACUCAUAUGGAAUCUCCAAGUAGUAGCCCGCCUCGUCAGCCUCCACCACACAGUAGCCCGCCUCGUCAGCCUCCACCACAUGGCAGCCCGCCUCGUCAGCCUCUGCUGCAUGGCAGUCCGCCUCGUCAGCCUCUUCUCCAUGGCAGCCCGCCUCGUCAGCCCACACCGCACGGCAGCCCACCUCGUCAGCCCCCGCCACAUGGCAGUCCACCUCGUCAGCCUCCGCCACAUACUAGUCCACAACAUCAACCUAGUAAACUUAUUUCUGCAACAAAACCUCAUGUAAUUGAAGAGGCUGUUCCUGAAUCCGACGACAGUACCGAAAUUGCUGAUGAACAAACUACAGCCACUGGAAAUGAAGGUUUCUUUGUAUCGUUUGGAAAUGAGCCACCCCGCCGCCCCAAGCCCAAACUGAUGCCCAAGCGAGAAAAGAAAGAGGAAAAGAAAGAAGAAGAAAAGAAACCAACUCCAUCUGUCACAAAAGAGGAACAUGCACUGACUCCUCGAAAACAACUUUCACCUGUUAAGUUUGAUCCUGCUCUUUAUAUUCCCAGUGAUGAUGUUCCUGCUGCUCCUCCUGUUGGAUUUGUUGUUCAAGAACCCGAAGAGGAGAUACCAGAUGAUCAAAUAACUGUUCGGAAAAACCGGAUGUUGAAGUUACAACAGAAAAGAAGAGAAGAACAAGAACGGAGGAGGCAAGAAAAGGAGGAGGCACUUUCUAAAAAGAGAGAACAAGAACAGUUAAAGAAAGAAGAAAUAGAGCGUAGGAAGGCAAACGAGAAAGCUAGACGAGAAUUUAUUCUUCAACAAUAUAAAGAAAGAAAAAGGAAAGAAGAGGAUGAAGAAAAAAAUGGUCCUUCUGACCGGUAUGAACGACCAUCCAGGCCUCAUAAACCGCGUCCUAAAAGUAUGAUAGUGCGUUCCAGCAAACCUCCAGAGGCUUGUGAUGAUGAAGUUGGCAGUAUCCAUUCAACAAGUUCACAGGAGGAUCUUGCUGGGAGAGGCUUCAGCAGUCCUACAAGUUCCAGCAGUAACUUGUCUAUGAAUCUACUUGCCAACCAAGGUAACUCUAGUCGCUCUGGGUUUGGCCGGCGCCCACCAUCUCCAGUGAUGAUGAACCUUUUCACGCAUCAAACUUUUACUGGUCGCACUGGAUUUGGCAGACGGCCUCCGUCACCAGAUCUUUACCGUUUUGGCAGAAAGAGUGGCAAGAGUACUGAAAGCAGUAGUGAUGCAGGUUCAACAGCAGGCUCUGAUUAUACAGGUCCGAAGCUGUUUGUGAAACCUAGCUCAAAAUCUAAUAGACACAUUAUUAUCAAUGCCAUUAGUCAUUGUUGUCUGGCUGGAUCUGUAAAUACAGAUCUCAAAAAUAAAGUAUUAGAGGAAAUUGCUAAGUCUGAUGCCAAGCAUUUUGUGAUAUUAUUCCGUGACGCUGGCUGUGCAUUCCGGUCAUUGUAUGCAUAUUAUCCAGAAAGAGAAGAGGCUGUCAAAAUUCAUGGAAUUGGACCAAAACUAGUUACUAGUAAAAAUAUUGAAAAGUACUACAAGUAUAACUCUGGUGGGAAAAGCUUUUCUGAAGUGACUUCUACCAAACAUUUAUCUGUGUCUAUUGAUGCUGUUGUCAUUAAUGGCAACUUAUGGAAAAACAGCAAAUCUAUUUCACGAAGAUAA